AUGGAUUAAGAUGAUGAAAAAUCUAAUGAAUCUAUUCAAAACUCUCUUAAUGAUAUAAUUUAAGACAUAGAGAAUAAUGUAUAUAAUAAUGACGAGGAAAUUAAAAAUGAAUUGAUAGAACAACUUGAAAAACUUGACGAAGAUAAAAAAGCCAAAUAAAUAUAUGAUUUACAUUAAAAGUUCAAAGGAAGAUCAUUCUUAAAUUUCACCAGUUUUAGCAUUGAAUAAAUUCCAAAUCAUAAUAGCCAUUAACCAAAAGAAGAUUUAGUAAAUAUUUAUAACUAAGCUUUAAAAUAUAAAUAAUUUGAUUAAAUUCUAUAAAGAAUCACAAAUCCUGAAUUUUGUGAAAAAAAUUAGAUACCAGUGUCAAUAAAAGAUCAUAAAUAAAAACUUGAGAAAUUAGGAGAGAAUGUUGGACUGAUAUUUGAUUUAAUAGAGUAACAGAAAAAUACAAUUAGUUAUUCUUAUAUAAAGAGUUUAGAGCUUUUACUUAAGAUUUUUUUUUUAAAUGAUGAAAUUCAUUAAUUUGUUGGGUCAUGCUUAAAAUUGUAACUAUAUGAAUUCGAACUUUAUAUAGAUAAUUUUAAGGAAAAAGAUGACGAUGCAUAUCAACAAGUAAUUAAAAACAUUUAAUUGAUACAAUAAAAGGAUAAGAUGAAAGAAGAAGUGGAUCAAAUUUUAAAUUAAAAUUCAUAAAUUUUGCAUUUAUUUGAUCUUCUAUCGAUUGAUAUAGAAGAUUAUCACCAAAAAUUAUUAGAAUACAUAAAAAAUUACCCAAAUAUUGAUAAUAAUAAUCAAGAUAAAACUAAGAUCAUUAGAUUUUUUAACUUGGCUGAAAAUUUUAGUAAUUUAAUUGAUAUUUUAUAUUUCAAAUUAGUGAUUUACUUUUGGAUAAAACAUUCUGAGAAAUUUGAAUUGUAGAAAUAUUUAAAGGAUAUGUUUGAAUUUAAAUUAAAGAAAGCAGCUAAUAAAAGGAAAUGUAUAGAGAGAGGAUUCGAACAUUUAGUAAAUACAUAUACAGACUUAAUCUUUAAAUAUUUGAUUCAUAAAAUUGUUUUUUUUUCUAAUUUUGAAGAUUAAAACUUUUAGGAGAAUUAUACUAAAUAUAAGGAACGGUUUAAACAAAUAUAAUAUUAAUAAUACAAAUUUGAAAAUAUAAAAACCCAAUUGAAUAAUACUUAAUACUUAACUAAAAUUUGGAAUGACAUAGGUUAACUAAAGUUCUAUCAGUUUGAAUAAUAAUUUGGUCGAAAUAAUCAAGAAUUUUUUUUUUUCUAAUUUGUUUCUACAACUGAUUAUUCAUAAAAAAUGAUAAAGGAAUUAAAUAUGAUUUUAAAGCAGGAUUGCAAUUUAUUCGAAAUUAGAAAAGAAAUAUUUAGGUAGACCAAUCCUUAGAGUGAAGAUAUUUUGCUGGAAAAUAUUUUGCAUUUAAAAUUUAUGCUGAAAUUUACAAAUGCGAAAACCCAAAACAAUCCAUUGACAAUCUCAAAAUGGAUCUCUUAAAUUAAUUUAAUUGAAAAAUAUCCCCAAUAUUUAUAGAUCAACCUAAAUGAAUUUAAUUUAACCCUAACAAAAGAAAAUCCUAAAAUUUCUGAAUAAAUUGUUUAGGAAUGGUUAAAUGAUAGAAAAGAUAAUAAAAAAUUUAGAAAUCUAAUACCAUAUUAUUUUAAUAUUAUUAAAAGAGGGGAACCUUCAUAACAUUUACUUGAUUUAAUUAAUUAGGAUAGAAAAUUUGACCAAAUGGAUUGUUUAAAUAUGAAAUCCCUAUUUUAAAUAUUAUAUAAUAAUGCUGAUUAAGAAUUAUAAGCAAUACUAAUUAAAUUACAUUCAAAAAACCACUCUGUUCCUUUAAUUUAUAAACACCCAUUAAUUUAAAAUGCUACUAAAGAUUUAGAUUUGUUUAGAUUAAAUGAAAAUAUUUAUUAUCUUUUGGAGCAAGAUUUCACUAUUAUAAAUCUUUCCCUCAGUAAAAAUUAAGAAAAAAUUGGAAAAACUAAUUUAAUUAAUAAAAUAUUUUACAAAGAUGAUAAAUUUGAGAUUUGCGAUUCAUCGUUGAUCAACAAGAAUACAAUUGACUGUUCCUUUGACUUCGCUUUUAAUGGAAGCAGAAAUUUUUUUAUUGCAGAUGCUCAUGGUUCAUUCUAAGAUGAGUUAUUAUAAUUACUACUUCCAUUUUUUUAAUUUUGGAUAAUUCAAAUGAAAUCUGAAUAAGAAUUGAAAUAAAAUGUUGAUAGAGUCAAUAAUAUUUUAUCUUUUUUGGAUUAGAAGCCUAUCAUUUAUUUCAUAAUUAGGGAUUCUAAAAAAGUAGAAAUUAAAAUGGAUUAAAUUAAUUAAAUUAAAGCUAAAAAAAUUAAUAUUUGUCAAGUAGAAAACUUUUAAUAGAUGGAUAAUCAAGCUUAGAAAGGAGAAAUAGCGAAAAUAAGAAAUACAAUUUUAGAUAUGAUUGGAAAGGAAAAUGAGGUUGUUAAUGAAUAAUAUUUAAAAUAGGAAUUUCUUUCAGUUUGUAAGAAAUUUGAAAUUAAUACAUAUAAAAUAAGUAACAUUCAGAGGUUGAUAGAUAAAUUAGAAAUAGAAUUAAAUAUAAAUAAAUCAGAUACAGAAGGUUUUUACAAUAAGAAGGCUUUCCCUUUAAGAUUUUUGGAUUGGAAAAUUUAAGAAUUACAAGUGUAAAAAUCAGAAUGUGAUAAAGAAAUAAAAUCAACUUAACAAAAUUUAUAUGAUAAAGAAGGAUCCAUAAAUCAUUUAAAAAAAUAAUGUGAGGGUCAGGAUGAUACAAAAAAAUAAAAUACUCUAAUUGAUAUUGAAGCUAAAAUAAGAGAAAAAGAUGAAAUUAAUAAGAAUUUAGAAUCACUUUAAAAGCAAUAGCAUAAAAUAAUUGAAAAUAUUUAAUAAUUUUAAUAAUAAAGAAGAGGUUUAAAAGUUGAACCCUCAGAGUUGCUCUCAAUAUUUAAAAGCCUGUUUGAAUUAGAUAAUUAAUACAUAGGGUAUAUAAUGACAGUUGAAAAAAUAACCAAAUUUAACAAUAUUUUAUAACUUGAGAAUGAUACAUAAAUCAAAUAAGUAAAAGAAAUUAAUAAGCUAAAUGGAAAUAAAGAGACAGAUAAAUAAAUAAAAACACUUGAAAAUAAUAAAAAAUUAUAAAAUAUUAGUAUAGAGCUAAUUUGGAGAGAAAUUAUUAAUGGAUAUCCUCAUUUUGACUAAAAUUAUUUAGACAUAAUUGUAUAAUUGCUAUAGAGAGGAGAACCUUUUGAGUUUCUCAACGGUGAUGAUCUUACCAUUAAUUUUUAAUUUUUGAAGUAAUUGGGUGAAAAAUUAAUUAAAAAUAAGGAAUAGAAUAAGAUACUAAUAAUUAGCAUUUUGGGACCUUAGAGCUCAGGAAAAUCCACUUUAUUAAAUAAAAUGUUUGGCUGUCAUUUUUUAACAAGCGUUGGUAGAUGUACGAAAGGGAUGUAUUUAUAAUUGCUUAAGAUAUCACAUAAGGAAUAAUUUGACAAUUUAUAUGAUUAUAUAUUAUUAUUAGAUUCUGAAGGUUUGUAAAAUCCAGACUAAUAAGAUUGUGUAUUUGAUAAAAGACUUGCUUUAUUUAUAGUUUCAAUUAGUGAUAUCAUAAUAUUCAAUGUUAAAGGUGAAUUACAUGCUCCAUUUCAUAACCUUAUUGAGAUGUGCUUAUUAACUUUAGUUGAACAUUAAAAAUUAUCUAAUAAUAAACAAUUUAGUUGGUGCUUCAAUUAAAAUAAAGAUACAUCAAUAACUGCAAAAAAAAUACUUCAUAAAUAAAUUGAAACCAUCGCUGAAAAAUUAAAAGAAGAAAAAAAAUGGAAACAGAAUGUUUAUGAAAUCUCAGGAUUUCGGGAAUAAGAUGUUGAACUGUUAGGGUCUGCAUUUAGGGUUGAUAAAUGGAAUAAUUUUAGUUGCUCAAUGCAUUCAAAAGAAUGGAAAUAAGAAAGGAUUAUUGGAACUUUUUCUAAGGAUGCCUAUUAAAUGGGAAUUAAUUUAAUUUUAAGAUAUAUUCACAGAUGUAAAACUAUUAAUAUAGAAGCGGAAUAAUUUCUAACUUGGGAACGCUUUACGAAGAAAUUUGAUGAAUGCUGGUAGCUUAUAUCUAGAUUUCCUGAUGUUGUUGAAUUUGUAGAAUUAAAAUAGUAAAAGGAUUAUGAGAAACUGAACAAAAUUUUGAAUGAAAUAAUAAAGAAAAGAGAUAAAUAGUUUUCAGAACAAGUAUCCUCUUUAACUAAUGACAUACGAUAUGAAAUAAAAAAAUAAUAAAAAUUGUCAACAACAAAUUUACAGAAUAUUAAAAACUCAAUAGAAGAUAAUUUUAAGGGAAAUACAAAUUAAAUCAAAAAAGACAUUUCAUCAGAAUUAACUUCAUAAACGAAUGAUUUUUCUAAAAAUAUUGUAGAGAAAGUAAACGAUCAUCUCUAAGAAUUAGUAUCCAGUCACACACUUGAAGGCAUUUUGGUAAUAUAGCAGGAGAUUUCAAAAUAAUAAAUACAAUUAUAGUAUUAAUAAAUUGAGAACAAAGUUAAUAAAACCCUUUCAGAAAUUUUGAAUGAUGAAUAGAAAUUAAAUCUAUACAAAAAUGAUAAAUAGAGCAGAGAAAAUCAUUUUCAGCAGCUUUGGAUGGAUAUCAUUCAUCAAUCAUAUGAUUAAAUAGAAUCUAUUUAUGAUUAGUUCUAAGAAUAACUAAUUGAAAGUAUAUGUCAAUUUUCAAAGUCAUAUGUUUACAAUAUAAAUCAAAAAGAAAUAAUUAAGAAUAUUUUCAGCUAAAAAAUCAAUAAAAGUAAUCCUGACGAUGUCGACGAGAUAUUUCGAGAAAGGCUUUCCUAUUAAUUGUUUUAAUUUGAAUUUGAAAAAUAAUCAUUUAUUUAUUUGAACAGAGAUAGUCCUGUAGAUUGUUUAAACAUUUUUAAAAGUCCAAUCCAAUAAAGAUUUGAAAAUAUCCCUGAUGAUUGCAUAAUUAAUCCUAAAGAUUAUAUAGAAAUCAAUAAGAUUUAUUAAAUAAUAGAGAGAUCUUAAUUUAUACAUUAUCUGCAAAAAUCAUUCCAACAUUUUACAUAAUAAUUAUUACUUAAAAAAGAAAAGGAUGAAUUUGAAGAAGCUAUUUCAAUCUUUUUUGAAUUUAUUAAGGAAUUAGAAAUCGAUUUUGAUUAAAACCAAUUCCAAUCGUUAAAAGAUAUGAUGAAAUCUCAUCCUAAUUAGAGUAGUUCUAUAAAUAAAGAUUAAGUAGUUGAAUUACUAAAAAGUAUUGUUUAAACAUUCAAAUUGAGUUCUCAAAACAUUAAAUGUCAUUAGUUUCAGAAUUACAUUUUGAAAUUUUUUAGAGAUUAUUUCCCUAAUGUUAUCGGAUAAAGUGAAUAAGUUUCGAAUUUACUUUAAAAAGAUAUAAACAAUUAUAUUAUUGUUUCAGAGAAAUGUGAAUAUAAAAACAAGUUAGAUCCUAGUUCCAGGUAUUAUAAAUUUAUUGAAUUCAUAAUCUCAUGUGAGACAAAAUUAAUAGAUGAACAUACUUUUAGACAAGAAUUUCCUGAUGAAUUUAAUGAUAUUAUGAAAAAAAGGGGAGGAUGGGAUAGACUUAGUUGGAGCAUAUAUCAAUUAAUUAAGAAGGAAAUAUUGACUUAAAACAUGCAUACUGAUUAAAUGAUUGUUUCUUCAAUAUCUAAAGAAGAGGAUAUGACUUAAAUAAAUUUUUAACUAAUCUCGAGAAUAAUGAGAAAAGUAAAAAACUUGUUGAAACUGUUUAAUAAUUAAUUUGCCUUUUUUGGCAUAUCAAUAAGUUAACUGUUAGAAAGAAAAUUAUAUUAUUAUUCAAUAUUUCUUAUAUGGAGAUUUAUUUGCUAUAAGAAGUGGGCAAUAUAUUACUAAGAGAAAUAAAAGUUAGAUUAAGUAUUAUAAGAAAUGAAAGCGAUUUUUAAUGAUGAAAUUUUGUCAAAUAAUAAAGAAGUAAGUAUACGAAAUGGAAAAUUAUUGGCUUAAUGCAUAUAUCAAAAUCUAAUUAACUAAUAAUAUAGGAAAAUUUAACCAAAGAUUUAAGAAUAUCUUAUUAAACAAUCUAUGAAAUCUUAUGAAAUAGUUAAUAUGGUUGACUAAAAGUUAUUAAUACGUUAGGAAAAUUUUAAUUGGAUGAACAAACAAUUAAAUGAAUAAAUAAGUUUAUACGUUUAUCAACAUAAAAAAUUUAUAGAAUAAUAUGUAUAUUAGGAGAUUUAGAGGUUUAAAGAUGAAGCAAUUAAACUUUUUGAAAAGGAAUGUUUAAUCAAUCAAAUCUUAGAUGCAAUACUCUAAAACGCUAAAGAAUUAUCAUAAUAAUUUAAAAACCUCAGUGAUAACAAAGAGGUAAAACUGUUAGAUUAUUUUGGUGAUAAUUUAGAUUAAGAGAGUUAGGAAAAGACAAUCAUUUAGGCUAUCCUUAAUUUUAAAUUUGGAGAAUAGGCUGAAAAUCAAUACUAUUUUUAAAACUCUGAUAUAUUUGAUGAUAAAAAUAUUGAAAAAUUUGUUAUUCCAGGAGUGAAAAAUUUAAGUAUAAAUAAAAAUAAUAUAUAAAGGUUAUAAAGUAGAUGCAUUUUUGGAAUCUUUUAUUAUGGAAAUCGAGACUUUGUAAAAAUAGAAAACAUAACCAAAGAUAGAAAAAUUCAAUGUUUAAAAUAUUUUGGAUUGUUUACAGAAUGAUAUGAUAGGAUGUGAAUAGUCUUGUCCAAUGUGUAAUAGAAAAUGUGACAGCGACGAUUAUAAAAACAGAAAUCAUAUACAUAAAUGCUUAAAUGGUCAUUAGUUGAGAGGUAAUGUGAAUGUCAAUUUGUAGGCAUGAAUAGAGUUUUGAUAAAUUCUUAUCCUUCACCUUACACUUGUGAGGAAAUUCUUGACGAAGCAAUCAUUAAAAUAUAUGAAACAAACAAGGUAAUGUUAUGGAGGGAAGUCAAAAGGAUUUAUAAUGACUGGAGCUUUAAAGACUAUUAAUCGUAAGAAUAAGUUGAUGAAAACAAAUAAAAAAUGAUUUAAAUUUGGAAUGGAGGAGUUGGGGAAAUAAUUUCAAAAGAUUUAUAAAGAAAAUUUAAGUAAGAAAUUGUCUUCUAAAAAAUACUUGAUGUUUCUAUGAACUAAUAGAAUCAUUCAUAUCAUUAUAUUUAUAUUUUGGAUAAUUCGGACUCUAUGCGCUAACAUUGGUAGUCAAUUAAAAAUUGUAUGGUAGAAUAAUUUGAAUAAAUAAAAAAAAAAAAGAAAAAUGCCAAAGUAAGUGUGAUUAUAUUUGGUGGAACUGCUAAAAUAGUCAUCAAUUGCUAAACUGUAGAUAUUGAUCAAUAAAUAAGACUUAUAUAAUAUGAAGGAAGCUGGUUUACAUUAUUUGGUCCUGCAUUAUCAGCUGCAAGAGAGUUAGUUCUCUAACAUUCUGAAUUUAAAUAGUAAUUAUUUUAAUUCUAUAAUUAGUACCAUGAUUCUGUUUUAUACUGAUGGGUUCCCCUCUAAGUUCUUAAAUUACUCACAGCAUGACGAAGUCAAAAAAUUUUGCAAUAUAGAAAAACGAUUUCGAGAUUCAAUUUAUUUUUUUGCUUGUUCCUAACCAAAUGUAUCUUCCUCGUUGCAACACAUCAUUGAUAGAUUCAGUUAAGCAUUUUCAUAAGCCGCACUUAGAGAUCGCAUAAGUCCAUUAUAACUGAAUCAUAUUUGGACAGAGAUAAUUUCAAGGAAUUAUCACAGAUAUUUAGCAUGA